AACGUCAGCCUCGAGUAGCAAAAGCCCUAAUUCUCUCCCUCCCGGCGGAGAGAACUCCAUUUUCGUCCGCCGCAAGACGGAGGUGCUGCUAUCUGCAGGAGGAGGAAGAGAGGAGGCUCGAAGUGAGAGAAGAUGCAGAUCUUCGUGAAAACCCUGACCGGCAAGACCAUCACUCUCGAGGUUGAGUCCAGCGACACCAUCGACAAUGUCAAGGCCAAGAUUCAGGACAAGGAAGGAAUUCCGCCGGACCAGCAGAGACUGAUCUUCGCCGGGAAGCAGCUCGAGGAUGGCCGCACGCUCGCUGAUUACAAUAUCCAGAAAGAGUCAACUUUGCACUUGGUGCUGAGGCUUCGCGGUGGCAUCAUAGAGCCAUCCUUGAUGGCACUGGCUAGGAAAUACAACCAGGACAAAAUGAUAUGCCGCAAAUGCUAUGCGCGCCUGCACCCUCGUGCUGUCAACUGCAGGAAAAAGAAGUGUGGGCACAGCAAUCAGCUGAGGCCAAAGAAGAAGAUCAAGUAGAUUGCUGACCAGCUGCCGAUUGGGUGGCAAAUGUUUCUGAGAGAUGGUAUCACAGAAAGUUUAGAUAGGUCUCUAGCUAUCGAGAUUUGGGCAUUAUGUCGUGUGAUUGUGAUGCAGAUGGUAUAUGACAUGAGUUCGAGCGAUUUCGUAUGUUGUCGUGAAUGAUCUUCCUUUUUCUGAUUCUGAUUCUGCUUAUUAACUCAUUAUGGCGGUCUUCUAGUCCAUGCCCGUUUGAGUUUCACCAAACCCUUUAGUAACUUGUGGAUUUUGGGUUUUACUGGGGAA